CCUCUGAUAUUAACUUCCACGCAAUUUAAGCAGAAAGAUUACAAACAUUGCCUGACAAAUUUUAAGAAUCGUCUUGGUCUGAAAGGUGACCAGGAUCUGUACGUGCUAAUAAAUGUUGUCAUGUCUCCCUGGGUUACUGAAUUUGAAUUCCUUCGUGAAUUGACAGCAACGUUUAAAGAGACUUUACAGGAAAUUGUUAAGCUUUCAGUCUUUCGUAAUAAAGAUGAGCCAGAUUUCCAUGCAUUUGUUAUGCAAGGCACUGACAAUCUCUAUCUCACACAUUUGCCCAUGUUUCAAAUGGAAAACCACCGUCGGCAAGUGAUUAUUACAGCAGAUUUACCAAAAAAUAUAAAGGAACAAUACCUGAAUGCUCGCAAAGCAAAUCCAUUACACGUGUUCUAUCUUGGCAACCAAGAUGAAAUGAAGCUGGAUGAUAUUGCGUAUAAUGGAAGUUCUUUUAAAGGGGUUAUUUACAAGGAUUUUGAUAAAGAUGGAAAACCUAUUGAUUUUAUCAAAGAUUUUCAAGUGACCAAUGUCCGAGUGCUCAAGAAACGCCACCUAGCCACAGCAUUCCAAGAUGUUAAUUACCCGGUUGACUAUAUGCCAUUCUAUAUUUACGGUACAAAACAGGAGUUGCAUAUUGACCACAUGCUACUCAAAUCUCCAUCAAUUCAACUUUCGGCUGAUAAUGUUGAGCUCAUCCUUACUUCUGGCGAAUUGACAUCAACUCAGAGAGAAAAUGGUGUUAUUGUUCACUUCACUGAAGUUCGUGAAAUUGCUUUGCAACCAUUUCCAGAAAUCAAACCAUAUCCACAAACCGAAACCACACCACCUCUUACAUUUUUCUUUCAACAUGACCGCACAUUUCAGGUGGAACUUUAUAAUGAUCCAAUGCCUGACCCGUAUCAGAGUGGGCCGGGUUUGGACAAUUUUGAUAAAAAGAACCCAAUUGCUAAAGGAACGAUCAAGUUACCGUCUAAGGAUAAGGGAUGUUUGUAUAUUGAUUCUUAUAUGGUUAAUAAGGAUCCUACUGCAGAGAAAAAGGUUAAGCAUGAUAAAAUUGUGAAUCGAUCAAAAAUCAUACCGUUGAAAAGAUUUUAUGCAGACAAGUUUGAUCAUAAGGAUGAGUUGCAUUGGUAUGAGGAAAAGGCGGAAUAA